AUGACAUUUGAUUUCUUGUUACAUCUUCUACCACAGACUUUUGUUGUUGUUCUGUGGAUAGCAGUGACACCUUCACUUUACCAUGUUCAUGUCAAUGCCUUCCAAAAAAACCAGUUAAAUCGAUGCGAUUUUUCUAACGGAAAAUGGGUUGUUGAUGAUCCUUACUAUCCUCUCUAUGAUGCCUCAAGUGAUUGUCCUUUCAUAGUUCAAGGAUUUGAUUGUCUCAGAAAUGGUAGAAUCGAUCAAGAUUACCUCAGAUAUCGAUGGAAGCCUUUUGAUUGUGAUAUUCCAAGGUUUGACGGUAUAAAAUUCUUAGAGACAUAUAGAGGGAAGAAGAUAACUUUUGUAGGAGAUUCUAUAAGUGAGAAUAUGUGGCACUCACUUGCUUGUAUGCUUCACAUUGCGGUUCCAAAAUCAAAUUACACUUUAACAAGAAUAACCAAACAUCUUUCUAUGUUCUCAUUUCCGGAGUAUGAAGUUUCAAUAAUGUGGGUGAAAGAUGGUUACUUAGUGGAUAAGGUUCGCGAUAUCAAAAAAAGAAGAAUUUUAAAGCUUGAUUCUAUUAAUUCUGGAAAUUUGUGGCAUGGCGAUGUUUUGAUUUUCAAUACCUACCAUUGGUGGUUUCACAGGGGAAAAACUCGAACGAUUUUUCAAUUGGGAAAUAAAAUAAUGGAAAACAUGGACAACAUGGAAGCUUUUAAGAUUGGGUUAACCACUUGGUCUAAUUGGACUGAUUCUAAUAUUGAUUCAUCAAAGACUAGGGUUAUAUUUCAAGGAAUUGCUGCAGCACAUGCAGGGGAAAAUUAUUGUAUGGGAAAAACUGAGCCAGAGGAAGGAAGAAAACCAAGUUAUCCAGGUGUAAAGAUUGUUAAGAAUGUUUUGAGUAAGAUGAAAAAUGAUGUUUAUUGGCUUGACAUUACAUUGCAAACACAAUUGAGGAUAGAUGGUCAUCCUUCUAUAUACACUGGGCUAGGGACUUUUUAUGAGGAUUGUAGUCAUUGGUGUCUAGCUGGUGCUCCUGAUACUUGGAAUGAAAUUUUGUAUGCUGUUUUACUAGGAGUUUAG